AUGAGAGUGGCUGGCAAGAUCAAAGGUGCCCCUGUGGAGAUGGUAGUGGACACAGGAUCAGAGCUGACAUUUAUCAGGAAGGAUCUGAUUGUAUCCUGUGGUAUACCUAAGGCUGGCCAGAAAUUAUGCGGUGUUACUGGUGAUUGUAUACCCAUGAGAGGCCCAGUGUGGGUGAGCCUAAAUGUGGGUGACGUGAUAGAACGUUUACCAGUGUUUGUAGCCGAGAUGGAGGAUCCCUGCUUGCUUGGGCUGGAUUACUUGGCACGUGUGGAGGCGUGUGUGGAUCUCCAGAGAAGAAGGAUGACAGUAAGAGGUCAUGAGGUGCCUCUAAUCCUGGGAGAACAUGCCCUAGUGGCACAGACAGGAGGAGGCCAAGCUAGUAGUGCAACGGGAAGUAAUACCAAGCCACCUGGAGGACCUAGUUCAACGGAGCAUCAAGCAUCUAACAAGUGA